UCUAUCUGUGUUCUGCGGAUGGAAGAAUGAAGCACCCGGGAACUUUUUUUAGGGCUGGAAGAGUCGUACCCCUGUGAUUGUGUGCGUUCAUGUGGGGUUCAGGGACGCUUGGUUGCGAGACAAGACCAAUCAUUUGUCUUGAUUCUCUAGGCUGAGAGCAGGUAAACUGAGGGGGACAGGACAAGCUAACCCCUCUAUCAAGACCUGAUCUAUUUCCCCAAACAAUUUAGUGUAUUCAUGAGGUUACGCAAAUGUGGAGGCAACAAAAUUACCGUAAUCAAUUGCAACAGCGAGUGCGCAUCCAUGGCUCUGAUUAUUUGGAGAUCAUCUAUCAGCCUGAUGUCUAUGUAACGAGGAAAGGAGGGCAUUGAAUUACUGUUUGAGUUUCACUGAGAAGUCCAUGAUCAUUGGGCAAGGGAGUUUGGUCAGUGAUAAUAGGGCUCCUUGGUCGGGCGACUGAAGUAUUUCACCAAACAUUAGAUAGCUGACUCUGCCCUGCUGAAAGGUGCUGUUUUGAAACUAUAACCUACAGUGUCCAGGCGAUCUGGUGCACAGUGUUCUCCGUAAUCUUUUUUUUUUUCACCUGACAAAGGAAAAAAGAGGCGAACAAGCUGCAGGUCCAAGAGGAUAAACUGAGCAUGGAGGUCAGGUACAACCAAGAGACGGAAGGGAUGGGGCUGAAGAAUGGACUAAAGAAGGGGAAAGAUGACAAGGACUCCCAGGGAAGCUUGUCCAAAAGCUUCCUCAAGGAGCAGCAGGACUCCUUUUCCCCCUCUGGGACCAUGGACAACUGCGAGAAGAACAGGGGAAGCUCGGGGGACCCGGACUACUGUCGGAGAAUACUAGUCAGAGAUGCUAAAGGUUCUAUCCGAGAGAUCAUCCUGCCCAAGGGUUUGGAUUUGGACCGGCCCAAGCGAACCCGAACCUCCUUCACGGCAGAGCAACUCUACCGGUUAGAGAUGGAGUUUCAGAGGUGCCAGUAUGUGGUCGGGAGGGAACGGACAGAACUGGCCCGCCAGCUCAGUCUGUCUGAAACUCAGGUGAAGGUCUGGUUCCAGAACCGGCGCACUAAGCAGAAGAAGGACCAGGGGAAGGACUCAGAGCUGCGUUCAGUGGUUUCAGAAACUGCAGCGACCUGCAGUGUCCUCAGACUGCUUGAGCAGGGUCGCCUGCUGACGCCUCCAGGCCUGCCGGGCCUCUUGCCCCACUGCGGCAGUGGCACACUGGGCUCUGCCCUGCGUCCUCCCUCCAUGGCUAUGGCCAGCAACGGCAGUAGUAGCAGCAGCAGCAGUGGUGGCAGCACCGGCACAGCGGGCAGCAGUCCUCCUCUACCUGCCGUCACCAGCUCAGGAACAGUGGCAGGCCUGCAGAGCUCACCGGCAGCACACAGCCUCUUCAGCUUUCCCAUGCCGUCUUUACUCAGCGGUGUCGCCACCCGCAUUUCCUCCAACACCCUGUCCAUGGCUGGCUCGCUUGCCGGCAACCUGCAAGAACUUUCCGCCCGCUACUUGAGCUCCUCUGCUUUUGAGCCUUAUUCGCGGACCAAUGGGAAAGAAUCCAUGGACAAGAAAAUUCUGGAAUGAUGCUUUGUUUUUACAUAGAUGGAUUCAUGUUUCCUCUGGACAUGUUCUGGUUGUUCUCUCGGCUUUUACUGUCUUUGUUUGGUUUUUGCUCAUGCUCUUUCAUCUGUCUGUGUCAUGUUUUGCAGCAGUUCAUGUAUUCCAGUUGCACAUCUGGCACCUUGUACCAGGAAGAAAACAAAGACCUACAAACUAACAAAGACAGGGUGGCAGGGGAAAGAUUUUGCACAAAAUAUUCAUAUAGGACUUUGAUACAGAGACACACUCUGUGAUUACUGAUAGCCUUUGGGUUUCUGUGAAACAAAUGUCCUAUCUAUUCAUUCAAAAUAACAAUAUACAAAGGGGCCCAGAGAAUAUGGCUGCUUCAUAUCACAAAAGCUCUGUCGCUCCAAAAGAAGUGGUAUAGUGUAUAGCAGGAAGUAUAGGAUUGGUGACAAAAAGUGUAAAGUGAUGGUACAUUUCUAAAUUGUGUUUUAUUAUUUGAUCGUGUUGGGUAGAUGCAUGUCACUGCAGUAAGUAGAUGUAGAGAAAGAAAGCCGAGUUUGUGAGAUCCAAUCAGCAAAUAAAAAAAUGAAAAUGCAGCAUUAUGAAUGAACAAGCAAGGCCAAUUUAAAACACUAAAUUGGAGUAGAAAAAAUGCCUCUGUUUGAAGGUCACAGCAGGAAACCCAACGCAUUUGCUCAUGCAGAUGCCUCACAAAAAUUCAGCCUACAAAAAGAUCUUUGUAUAUCCGUUUGUAUUAAGUUUGGACCCAACCAAAACAUAAUCCAGAGAAGGUGUUGUCAUACAGUACGAUGGUUCAAUUGUUCAGUGUUGUUUUCUCUAUGGUUUGGUGGGGAUUUUUUUUUUUUUUUUUACCUUUUUC